CGCUGACGUUAGAGGAUGGCGGCGGCGGCGGGAGCCGCCGCGGAAGCCGCGGAGGAGUUGAGGAGACUGUGGGGUUUGAGGUAUAGACAGAGACACGGCCUGCACAGCAGAUCCUGCUGGCCUUGACCUGAGAGAAUGCCUCCAGGGCUGCUUAGCUCCCUUCCGUGAUGGGCUGUGGGACAAGUAAGGUCCUUCCUGAGCCUCCCAAGGAUGUCCAAUUGGAUCUGGUCAAAAAGGUUGAGCCUUACACUGGCCACAAGACUGAUGUGUAUAAGCAUUUCAUCAAAGAUGAUGGAGGUGGGGGCCUUAAAACUGGAUGCCCAUCACCCCCUUAUCACAUUCAGCCUUAUCCAGGUGCCCAUCUGGCUAGCCACAUGGAGCCUCAUGAGCCCCGAAGGACCAGAGUGGCCAAAUACCGGGCUAAAUUUGAUCCUCGAGUAACAGCUAAAUAUGAUAUCAAGGCCUUAAUUGGACGAGGCAGCUUCAGCAGAGUUGUGCGGGUAGAGCAUAAGGCUACCAAACAACCCUAUGCUAUUAAGAUGAUUGAGACCAAGUACCGGGAAGGGAGGGAAGUAUGUGAAUCUGAGCUGUGUGUCUUGCGACGGGUUCGCCAUACUAACAUCAUCCAGCUCAUUGAAGUAUUUGAGACACAGGAACGUGUCUAUAUGGUGAUGGAGCUAGCCACUGGUGGAGAGCUGUUUGACCGGAUCAUUGCCAAAGGCUCCUUUACUGAGAGGGAUGCCACCCGGGUACUGCAGAUGGUGCUGGAUGGGGUCAAGUAUUUGCACACACUGGGCAUCACACAUCGGGAUCUGAAGCCAGAAAACUUGCUGUAUUAUCACCCAGGCACAGACUCUAAGAUCAUGAUUACUGACUUUGGGUUGGCAAGUGCCCGGAAGAAAGGGGAUGACUGUCUCAUGAAGACUACCUGUGGCACUCCCGAGUACAUCGCCCCAGAGAUACUAGUCAGGAAGCCCUACACUAACUCUGUGGAUAUGUGGGCCCUGGGGGUCAUAUCGUACAUCCUCCUGAGUGGAACUAUGCCCUUUGAAGAUGACAACCGGUCAAGGCUCUACCGGCAGAUCCUAAAGGGGAAGUAUAGUUACUCAGGGGAGCCCUGGCCCAGUGUAUCAAAUUUGGCAAAGGAUUUCAUUGACCGUCUGCUAACUGUGGAUCCUGGUGCCAGGAUGACAGCUCUCCAAGCCUUGAAGCACCCAUGGGUGGUGAGCAUGGCUGCCUCUUCGUCCAUGAAGAACCUUCACCGAUCAAUUUCCCAGAAUCUUCUCAAGAGGGCAUCCUCUCGCUGCCAGAGCACCAAGUCAGCUCAGUCCACACGCUCUAGCCGCUCCACCAAGUCCAACAAGUCUCGGCGUGUGCGUGAGCGGGAACUUCGAGAGCUCAACCUGCGCUACCAGCAGCAGUAUAAUGGCUGAGUCGCCGACUGUCUUUGCACACCUGAGGUCUUCUCAGACACGCCUUAAGGAAGUGGCAGUGGGACCUGGUGCCCAGGGAGCAGGAGCAGGCUUCUCACUUAGGGAAGGGUCUGGGGCCACACAACAGACUACCAUCCCUUUGCCAGACAUCCACUGUCUUAAGUGCCUUGUGCCACCCCGCACGCUAGUGAGGGCCCCCAGAAGAAGGAAAGCCUGGUGGGGCUGGGGUGCCCCGUGUUAUUUAUUAAUGCUGGAUUCUAAGGAAUGAGUUUGUCUGCCCACACCCAUCCCGUAUACAUAGGUGGCAUGCUUGUCUGUAUCAAGAGCCCCUCUCAGAUGACAAAGGACAGAUGGUAUUUCUGUUGUGUGCCCACCUUUUCUGAGAGGUUGGAGUACUGAGUGGUUAUGACUCAACUACCUGAGAGCUUCCUGCUGUGUCAGAACUGCAGAAAGCCCAGGUGGGGGGUGGGGGGUCAGGACUAGACCAGGAACUUUAGGUCUGAGCGUCUUACUCUGGUAGGGCAAGUAUUGGAAGCAGAGCCCCUCAGAGCAGUUUAAAGAAAGGGAAGUCCCUUGUCCCUCCUUCCCUGACUCCAGGCCCCCUAUCCUAUCUCCUUGCUAUUCCUACCUAGAGAUGGUCCUUGUAGGUGUGAUAUUCCAUGGGCCAGGUUGUUGGCCUGGGGUAAGGGCUGCACCUCCUUGCAGGCUGCACUAUUUGGUGGUAAUGCCCCAAAUCCUCCUCAGGAGAGGUGUUUGGGUCGUUUUGUUUUUUUUAACCAAAACCCCAAGCCUCCUUAUUCUUUUCCACUCACUUGGAGCCAGAUGGGGCUAGUACAUGAGAGCCCCCUUUGGUUUUUCUGCUUGUUUAAAGGCUUAACAGGGAAGCUUGCCCGGAUAUCUAUCCUUAUCCCUUUUCCUUGCUUUUCUUCUCCCUCCAUUCCCUGGGAGGACUCAGCUGGCUCAGAGCAUGUUUAGGCUCUGACUAUCCAGAAAUAGAGAAGGAAACACUGAAGUCAGAGCUGAUAUCUACAGCAUGCCCUUGGCACCAGAGUACUCUUUCUGAUCAGUAGUACCACCCCUGUAACCAGCAGGAAAUGGAAUUGCCUUUGUGGUAGGCUCACCUGGGCCAGAGUAAGUGCUCAGUAGUGACUCAGAGGGGAAGUGCCUGGGGGGAGCCAGAGACUCAGCCAGGAUGUGAGUGUUCUUUCCUAAAGCCCUGGGCUGGAAAUGGCAUGGAGGAGGGAAACUAAGCCUCCAGGUCCAGCUCAUCUAGUGAAUGGGGGAAGAUCCACUGAGGGGCCUGGGUGGGGCCUAGCUUUCUAUGGGAUCUUCCUUUAAAUAGAAGUAGGUAUAUAUGAAAAAAGGAAUACAGAGGACAUGUAGCCAUCUUGGUCAUUCCAUCCCUUGACAACCUACUUCCUUCCCCUAGGUUGUUUUGUUGUAUAGUCGUUUUUAGCCUUGUCGGACUCUUUAAGAUCUCUUUUUAGGGUUUUCUUGGCAAAGAUACUGGAAUGGUUUGCUGUUUCCUUCUCCAGCUCAUUUUAGAGAUGAGGGAAC